AUGGCCACGGCUUUAUGUAAAAUGUUCCCACUGCUAGGGAAAUCGAUGCGGACUGUUGGGUCGGUUGUGUUGCACCGGCAAUAUUGUACGCCGGUUGUAAAUAUAUUCGACCGUAAUGUGAAACGAUUGCAGCGCGAACGUGCAGCCAAAAGGGAAGACGUGGAGUUGUACGAUUACAUUAAGGAAGAAGUUGGUUACCGGUUAGCGGAUCGUAUUUUCGACAUCAAACGCCAGUUUACGAAUGCUGUCGAUCUCGGAGCCGGUAGAGGAUACGUCACGAACCACGUACUGGGUGAAACGGUACAAAAACUUACCGCUAUCGAUCUCAGCGCUGCCAUGCUGUCACAGAUCAAAGGUACACCUGGCUUAGAUUUCAGCGUCCGUGAGAUGGACGAGGAACGGUUCCAGUUCGAGACCGAUUCGUUAGAUUUAGUUGUGUCCAGCAUGAGCAUGCACUGGAUCAAUGAUCUUCCGGCGUGCUUUCGGGCGGUAAAUCGGGCCCUCAAACCGGACGGUGUGUUUAUCGGUGCGAUGUUCGGUGGGGAGACACUGUAUGAACUGCGCUCGGCACUACAGUUGGCCGAACAGGAACGAAAAGGUGGAUUGGCCCCACACAUUUCUCCUUUCACGCAAAUCCGCGAUGUGGGGAUGUUGCUGAACCGCGGUGGCUUCACGAUGCUGACAAUCGACACGGAUGAGCUGGUAAUCGGUUAUCCGUCCAUGUUUGAGCUUAUGUUCGAUCUGCAGGGUAUGGCCGAGAAUAAUGCGGCCUUUAAUCGACCACUGCACGUCGGGCGUGAUACACUGAUGGCGGCUGCCGCAAUUUAUAAGGACAUGUACGCCCGAAAGGACGAAGGCGUUUCGGCAACGUUUCAGAUCAUAUUCUUCGUCGGCUGGAAACCUUGCGCCAGUCAACCGCAGCCAGCCGAACGAGGUUCCGCCACGGUAUCGCUGAAGGAUCUCGGGCAAGUUAUGACGCCAAAGGGCGGUUCGGGGUGUAAGAGUUGA